AUGGCAGUUCUCCCUUCGGCGUCUGCCGGUAAGGCGCUGUCCUCAGCGGGAGCACGUUUCCGGCAGCGUAAAAUAUCCGUGAAACAACCGCUCAUCAUUUACAAACAACGAGAUUUGCCAACUCUCGAUUCGGCUAAUGAUCUCGAACCAUCCCAAGUCCAUCACUUGAAUCUGUCUGCUGGUAGUGGCCAGCGUGAUAUGCAUGCGAUUGACACAGGUGUCGACAAGAACGAGGAAGACGAGGUGCAUUUGCGACAAGUGAUCAAUGCGGCUCAACGAGCCCUCAUGCAUUCAAAAGAAGACUCCAAGAAAUCCAAUGGCUCGAAAGAAGAAGCUUCUUCUGUAUAUAUCCCUACCCCUGAUGCUUCCCGGAUAUGGGCGGAGGCGAAGAAGUAUUAUAGUGAUGUGACCUUCAAAGAACCCGAGUCGUAUAUCAAAUUCAGUGCGACUGUUGAAGACACCGUUGGUGUCGAGUAUAAUAUGGACGAAGUGGAUGAAGCUUUUUUGAAUAAUGUUUUGAAUCAACCCAAAACCAAGGGCAAGACAGACCAAGUGACUCGUAAAUGCUCAGAACUCGAAUUUGAAAUCAUUUGCGAUAAGCUUGAAAAGACAAUCGAGGACAAACAACCAUUUCUAUCCAUGGACCCAUCUAACAUACUUUCCUACAAAGAAUUAUCAAACUACAUAUUGGAGGAGUAUCGUGGCUCGUCUCAUAAUGAGCCUUAUGUUCAAGUCGGUAAUUCCUUGAAGUACCUUUCAACCACAGCUUUGAAGGAACGGUUAUCAAAAGAAUUGCAUUAUGAACCCUAUGUUACCCUAUUUGACAAAGAUUAUGAAAAUCCUCAAGCCUCGGUAUCCAUUCCCAAGCUUAUGAGCUUGUACGGACAACAGAUUUACGAACAUUGGAAACAACGUAAAAUAGAGAGAAAAGGUCAAAGCAUUCAACCAUCGUUAAAGUUCGAAGAUCCUAAUGCCAAUGAGAAGGAAAACGAUGCAGAUCCUUAUAUCUGUUUCCGUAGACGAGAAAUCCGUCAAACGAGAAAAACCAGAAGAGCUGACAGCUUGGGUGCUGAACGAAUUAGGCUUUUACAGAAGUCAUUGCAUAACGCCCGUGAUUUAGUGUUGUCAGUAUGUCAAAGGGAAAUACUCAAGUUAGAUAAUUGGAACGCUGAGCAAAGCUUGUUCCGUGCAAGAUGUGAGGCUAAAAACAUCAAGCGUAACUUGGGAAUCAAGGGAGAUGAUCACUUGUUCAUCCGCCACAAGCGGAAGAGAGUCAUUAAAAUCAAAGAAGAAGAAGAGAGACGCGUCAAGAAAGCUAAGACUUCCGAUACGAGAGAAGCUUCUGCGAUGUCUACUUCUAAGCACAUGAAUGGCCAUUCCGAAUCCCAGUUCAUCCACUCAACCUUAUGUUAA